GUGUGGCAGAGUUUAUAAGCUGGGGCACCGGGCCCCUCAGCACCACGAUCCUUCUUCCUCAACCCCCUGCCUUGCGGCCUCCGGCUCUCCCAGCAGCAUGGCCUUCAAUGGCAAGUACGAGUUCGAGAGUGACAAGAAUUACGACGAGUUCAUGAAGAGCCUCGGGCUCCCCAGCGAUGCUAUCGAAAAGGGCCGAAACUUCAAGACUGUCACGGAGGUGCAGCAGGACGGGCAGAACUUCACCUGGUCCCAGCACUACCCGAACGGCCACUCCAUGACCAACAAGUUCACCAUCGGCAAGGAGUGUGACAUGGAGACCAUGGGCGGCAAAAAGUUCAAGGCCACUGUGCACAUGGAGGGUGGGAAGAUAUCGGUGGAGUUCCCCAACUAUCGCCAGACCUCGGAGAUCGUGGGCGACAGGCUGGUGGAGAUCUCCACCAUCGGAGGCGUGACCUAUGAGCGUGUAAGCAAGAGGCUGGCCUGAGCAACCAGGCGGGGUUCUUGCGGAGGGUGGUGCACAGAGCCACCAGGAAAGCUGGGAUAAGAACAGACAUUCCAAGGCGCCUGGGUGAUUUAGUUGUUAAGCGUCUGUCUUCGGCUCAGGUCAUGAUCCCGGGGUUCUGGGAUCGAGUCCC